CUGCAUCGGCAGUUGGACUCUCAACAACUGCGCCACCAGGGAAGCCCAACCAAAACUUUUGUUGCUUUUUCCUCUAAGUUGAUGUUUUAAAAUACACAAAUAGUAUACGAAUAUAUUCUUUGUAUAAAAAGUCACACAUUACAAACAAGUCUAAAGUUCCCUUUUAUCGAUCCAAUUCCCAUCCUAGUGCCUUUUCCCUUCCUCAGAGUUAAUCACUGUUAUCAAUUUUAUAUGAGCCCUGCCAGACUUUUCUAGGCAUCUAUAUUAUAUAUAGAACUUCAUGUAUAAUACAUAUAUGUAUAAUUAUAGUCACAUAUAAUUAUUUCUCUUUUUCACAACUGCCUGUGGUGAUCAAUAAUCUGUAGAUAUGAAAUAAAUCUUACUGAUACCUGGGCCUGAGAGACUGGAAUGACAAGUGAAAGGUCAAACAUAUGAAAAAGCAUCAUAUGUGUCCAACUUACAAAAUUCCAUUCCAUAUCUGUUCUACGUAUAGUCCCCAGGUAUCACUGGACAGGCCAUGGCUCCACGGUCCCGAUGACGAAGGCACAAGAAACUCCCCUCAUCAGUGGCUCCCGUGGUUGUGACCCCACCCACAGUUGUGACUCCUGUGCCUCUGACCCUCUCAAAACCUGGACCUAGCAUUGAUACACUUGGCUUCUUCUCCUUGGAGAAUAAUGUUCCUGGCCUAUCCCAGCUGAUCCUUCAAAGCUGAACAUGAAAAGCUAUGAAGAAUACAAGUUGGUGCUAGAUGGGGAUACUCCUGUAUCAGGCUUUGGAUAUCGAUGCCUUCAAGAAAUGUUCCAGAAGAUGGAGGACACAUUCCGAUUCUGUGCUCACUGUAAAGUACUCCCUAGUGGCCUUUCAAACUCCAGGGUCCUCCGGCAAGAGGUGCAGAAGUGUCUAUUACUGUGGUCCAGAGUGCCAGAGGUCAGACUGGCCAGCACACAGGAGGGUUUGUCAAGAGCUGUGUCUUGUAGCUGUGGACCGUCUCAUGGAAUGGCCUCUGGUCACAGGUGGUUUUGUCCUUCCCUCAGGACCCUGGUCUUGGCUGACUGAAGGCACACAGGGCUGGGACACCUGGUUUUCUAUGUGACGUUUACAGCUAGAGGCUACUCUGGAUGCUAUGCUUGGUAGUCAGGCCAUGACCACCCUGUGGGCCAGUGUAGGAUGGCCAAGGCCAGAUCCAGAUGUCCUGCAGGGCUCUUUGAAGCGGUUGCUGACAGAUGCCCUGUCACGGCCCUUGACACUGGGCUUUAGGCUUUGGGCCUUGGGGAUAAAUGUUGGGAGGGUCGGGGGAAGCACAGUGCACGUGGUUGGUGCUUCUCAUGCAGAGACAUUCCUCACUCACCGGGACUAUGAUGAACUUGGCUACAUGUUUCCUGGGCACCUUGGCCUCCAUGUAAUCAUGGUUGGUGUAGAUGUAGCUGCUGGCUUUUCACAGAGUGCCUCACCUUCACUCCUGGAACCUGGCACAGUUCAGCUUAGUAGCCAUAGGGGCCUCUAUCUUGACUUCUGGGAGGAGCAGGUAGAGUCUGGGCAGAUAGCCCAUCCAGAUUUGGUGGUGGCAUUCCAUCCAGGUUUCCAUGCUUCCCUGGACCUGAUGGAGGCUUGGCUGCCCACCCUCUUGCUACUUCGUGAUUAUGAGAUCCCUACAAUGAUUACUGUUUACAGCCAGCAGGAGUUGGCAGCCUCUUUGCAGAUUCUGGUGGACAUGGAUACACACAUCACAGCCUGUGGAGCUAAUCCUUUUGCGUCCCUCAAACCUGAACAGGUCUACUCCAACCCCAACAAGCAGCCAGUAUACUGCAGUGCCUACUAUAUCACGUUUCUUGGAAGCUCCUGCCAGCUGGAUAAGAGGCAAUUGGAAGAGAAAGUAAAAGGCAGGGUAUAAAUAGCUGAGCCAGAUCCUGACUGGAUGUCUAGAAAAUGCAGAGAUUGUGAUGAAAUUACCUGCUGAUGCCAGAUUAUUGCCAACUUUCAAAUCCACUAUAUCGUAAACUUAAUUCACUUGUCCUGGUAGAUUCUAAGCUGAAUGGGAGCUCCUGUAUGAUGUGACUCAUUUCCAAGAGGUUAGCCACAUGUAGCUUCUAGAGACAGGAUUCUAGAUUUAGUGUGUGGAGACAGGAUUCUAGAUUUAGUGUGUGACAAAAGGCCCUUAUAUCAGUCUUUGUAGAGCCUUAAGUUCCUAAGAGUUUCCUUCAUGAGAAAGUUAUACGUUUUGACUUUAACCGGAUGGCACCAAGGAGAAGAAUGGCACCUUAUUCUUCUGAAAAAGACUUUCUUCUUAUACAGCAAUUUGGGCUAAAAAAUGCAGAAGUCUUAAUGACUUGAAGUAGUGGAAAAAUGAGGAAGUAGAGAAGUGGUUGGGAACGUGGGGGAGGUUGUGAGGAUUGGCACACUGUUCUACUUCCUGGCUUUUUCGAGAUACAUGUCUCAUUUUCCUAUUUUCUCUUGGGGACUUCUAAUUUUAGAGCAGCUUUUUGCCCUUGUGUUGUAUUUUAGGUAUCCCAGGGUGUAUCAGGGUUACUUGAAUACACUGGAGUUUGUUAUCACCUGGUCUAUACCACAAUAAACUCAGUUUGGGGCUUCUUAA